UGCUGUUCUCUUCUUGCUUCCUUCCUCUCCCGGCGGUUGGCUUCCCUCCCUGCUCGUCUCAAUUCCCCACGCCACCAUCCUUCAGCUCGCUCCGGCGAGCACGCUUCCGCACCUCCUACCGCAGCAGCACGCCACCCGGAACGAAUUCCCCUACCAAAGCCCUCGCCUUUCUCCCUCCUCCGCUCUACUGGACCGGCGCCGAGUCGAGAUCCACCCGGGGCCGGGCUGAUUUCUGCCGUCGUCUACAGUGAACCCGUACCUUCUCAAUGCUCUUUCUGAGUUAGCAUGUCUGAACCACAGGAUCAUGUUAGUAAAAGCUCCUGCUCAAGUAUUAGCACCAGUACUCAGGGGAGCGAUGACGACGGCACCGUUGGUGCCCUUUUAACUGAGGCCAAAAACAAUGGGCGCAGUCUUGGAAAGCGUCUGUCUCACUUAGAUUCGCUCCCGCACACUCCUCGAGUCAAUGGGAAAAUUCCUGAUUUUAAUAAUGCAACAAUAGACCAUGAAUCAUUAUUGGAAAGAUUGGGCACUUACGGCUUAGCUGAAUAUCAGAUAGAAGGAGAUGGUAAUUGCCAGUUUCGAGCUCUGGCAGACCAGAUAUUCCGCAAUCCUGACUAUCACAGACAUGUGAGGAAGGCAGUAGUCAAGCAGCUAAAGGAAUUCAGGAAACACUAUGAAGGCUAUGUACCUUUGGACUACAAGGUUUACUUGAAGAAAAUGAAAAGAUCUGGGGAAUGGGGAGAUCAUGUUACCUUACAAGCAGCUGCAGACCGGUUUGGUGCCAAAAUUUGCCUGCUGACGUCGUUUAGAGACACAUGCCUAAUCGAGAUAGUCCCCAGGGAUGUUGCUCCUACAAGAGAGCUUUGGCUAAGUUUCUGGUGUGAAGUACACUACAAUUCCUUAUAUGCAAAUGAAGAUCUUCCGACGCGGAAGUCUAAAAAGAAGCACUGGCUGUUCUAGGUAGGGUUCGUUGGUUCUUAGUCCAGCAACGUCUGUAUUCAUUUUAUGUAACCUUAUUUCAUUCUGCUGAUGCUGUAAGUUGUAAUAUGGCCCUGGGGAGAAAACAGACUCGUGUAAGCCUAUGUACAGUGAAAUGCUGAAAAUGUUCUAUUUGUUUGCAAGGAAGACGAGACAGAGAAACUAGAUGUA